GCUUUUGAGUUUACAGAUUUUUGUUCCUUCCUCCAAUUUUAUUUUAUUUUAGUUACUGUUUUUGAGUUCACAUGAUGACUAAAGCGUUCCAACUCACUCGUUGCUGGUGGUCCUUGGGUUUCUUGACUUCUCAGGCCACACAUCAAACAAACCUAUUUACUUAAUGCGUCGACCUGUCAUGUUCAACAGUAAGUCAGUCAACCCGAAAGUCCUUGCAAGAAGUUGGAAGUCCUUGCCCCUUUGGCCACCGUGACCCCAUCGUCACCUCCUGGCUCCUACAUUGUUGUUCACAUAUACUACCCAAGGCCAAAACACACGGCAGCUAGAAGCCCAUUUAACAAGUGCCGGCGAACUGACUAGUAGCUGCCGGUAAUCAGCUCCGAGAUGCCACCUUCCACUCCUACUGCCGUCUCCACGCCCUCCUCUCUGUUUCUUUUUCUGUCCUUUCUUCUCCUCCUCCCCUGCGCCCAACCCACUCCCACCUACGUCUACCAGAUAUGUGGCAGCGACGCCAAAAACGCAACUGAAUUCUCUCCAAACAGCACCUACGAAUCCAAUCUCAAUUCCCUCCUCUCUUCUCUUUCCUCCUCCAACUCCACGCGCAACAGGCCCUUCCGGAAUUUGACCGUCGGCGGCCGCCCCAACGGCUCCGCUUCCGCCACGGUCUAUGGCCUCUCCCUCUGCCGCGGCGACGUCACCACUGAUGUCUGCCAAGAGUGCGUCGCCGCAGCCGGCCCAUAUAUCCGCAGGACUUGCGCGAGGGUAAGAAGUGCCGUGAUCUGGUACGACGAGUGCCUGGUGCGUUACUCCGACCGAUAUAUCUUCUCCACUAGCGAACAAGAGCCCAGCGUCGAGAUGCUAAAUACAGGGAACAUCACGGAGCCGAAUCGGUUUGCGCAGUUGCUGGCCGACACGAUGAGCAAGAUAGUGACGCGUGCGGCGACGGACCGAACUCCUCCGGAGAAGUUUGCGACUGCAGAAGCCGCCUUCUCGGGGUUUCAGAAGCUUCACACACUGGCGCAGUGCACGCCGGAUCUGUCGUCGUCCGAUUGCAGUCGGUGUUUGGAAGUAGCCGCAUCGAGGCUCCCCGGUUGCUGCGGCGGGAAGCAAGGGGGAAGGGUCCUGAUGCCCAGCUGUUAUGUGAGGUUCGAAGUUUACCCGUUUUAUAACGAGAGCGUGGGUGCGGCACCUGCACCUUCCCCUGCGCCAAUCAUCACUAGUCUUCCUCCCCCGGUUGCUGUUACAAGCCCAGGAGAAAAAAAUAAUAUUUCAUCCAAAACAAUUAUCGCCAUUGCUGUUCCAAUAGGUGUUUGUGCGCUGAUUUUCCCUUUAUUAUACUAUAUUUGGUGUAAGAAACCAAAGAAGAAAAGCAAGGUUGUACGUCAAGAAAGUGGGAGUGAAAUUGCUACAAUAGAGUCCUUGCAAUUUGACUUUGUUACAAUUAAAGCUGCUACAAACAACUUCUCUAAUGAUAACAAGAUUGGUGAAGGCGGAUUUGGCGUAGUCUACAAGGGUACGCUUCCUAAUGGGCAAGAAAUAGCUAUAAAGAGGCUAUCUAAAGCCUCUGGGCAAGGUGCAGAAGAAUUUAAGAAUGAGGUUGUAUUGUUGGCCAAGCUACAACAUAGAAAUCUAGUGAGGCUACUGGGAUUUUGCUUGGAAGGAGAAGAAAAGAUACUUGUCUAUGAAUUUGUUCCUAAUAAAAGCCUCGACAUUUUUCUAUUUGAUCCUAAAAAACAAGGAAUAUUGGAUUGGUCCAAACGUUACAAGAUUAUUGGAGAAAUUGCUCGAGGGCUUCUUUAUCUUCAUGCAGAUUCUCGACUUAGAAUUAUACAUCGUGAUCUCAAAGCUAGCAAUAUUUUGUUGGAUGGGGGUAUGAAUGCAAAAAUUUCAGAUUUUGGUAUGGCAAGAAUAUUUGGUGCAGACCAAACUCAAGGAAGUACGACCAACGUUGUGGGAACAUAUGGUUACAUGCCUCCAGAGUAUGCCAUGCAUGGGCAUUUCUCCGUGAAGUCUGAUGUGUACAGUUUUGGAGUCUUAAUUUUGGAGAUCGUAAGUGGCAAGAAGAUAAGUUAUUUUGAUCAGGGGGGCUGCAUUGAGGACCUCAUAAGCUACGCCUGGAAACUAUGGAGGGAUGGCGUGCCCUUGGAGUUGAUGGAUCCAACAUUGAGAGGAACUUACUCAAGAAACGAAGUCCUCAGAUGCAUCCAUAUCGGUUUACUAUGCGUUCAAGAAGAUGUUGCAGCUAGACCCAUGAUGGAAUCAGUAGUUCUUGUGCUCGGUAGCCUCACUAUUACUCUACCACUGCCUCAGCAACCUGCAUUCGUUCCUCAUAGUAUGACACAACCAGGAUCGCUCGCUAUAACGGAUGCAGAGUCGGAUGAAUCAAAGAGCAAGACCAUGCCAUGCUCUGUAAACGAAGCUUCAAUUACAGAACCCUAUCCUCGUUAAUAAAGUGCAAUUAAGAAAAAUGAUGUAUAAAAUUUAAGUGCGCUAAUAAAUAAAUUUAUAUUUAAGUUCAUAGUCGUAGCUAGCAAGUUUGUAAUAUUUGCUCUUUUGUAAUACUUGCUCAUUCGUGUGAAUGGCAAUAAUUUGAAAUUUUUUUAAAAAAAAGUAAUGUAUGUAUGUAAGUACAUAUUCUACAUUAUUCUAAAAGUCAAAAUUCCUUUUUAGCAUCUUCUUUUGUAUAAAAAUGGAUGGUUCUUCAAAAUAUAGACAUGAGUUAUUGUGAUAUUUGAGAUAAAGAACUAUUAAUAUAUUUUUUUUACCUACAA